UGGACGGUGGGAGGGCCUUAAACAAGUUCUGUGUGCGCAACUGCAGCAAGUACAGGAACAGGCCAUUUGUGUAUUAACGGUUGCUUUCAACAAAGAGAGUCAUGGUUCAAGCCAAAACCUGGAUCCUGAAGCAGCACUUUGAGGGCUUUCCUAAAGACACCGACUUUGAGCUGAAACUAGAGCAGCUCUCUGAGCCCAGAGAUGGAGAGGUUCUUCUGGAGGCAGUGUUCCUUAGUGUGGACCCUUACAUGCGUCCAUUCAGCCGUGUUCGAAUGCAAGCAGGAGAUGUGAUGAUCGGAACUCAAGUUGCCAAGGUGAUUCAAAGUAAUAAUCCUUCAUUUCCUGUGGGCUGCCAUGUGGUUAGUCGAUGUGGCUGGAGAACACAUACUGUGUCAGCUGAGAGCGAUAUCACCAACAUCUUGGAUGACUGGCCUCAGGAUGUCUCCCUCUCCCAUGCCCUUGGAGCCAUUGGGAUGCCAGGGUUGACUGCACUCUAUGGUUUGGAGGAGGUCUGUGCCAUCAAACCGGGAGAAACCUUACUGGUAAAUGCAGCCGCAGGGGCCGUUGGUUCUGUAGCUGGUCAAAUUGCCAAACUAAAAGGUUGCAAGGUUGUGGGAUCAGCAGGAAGUGAUGACAAGGUGGCAUACCUAAAAGAGCUGGGCUUUGACCAGGCCUUCAACUACAAGACUGUCCCCUCACUGGAGGAAGCACUGAAGAACGCUUCACCUGAAGGAUAUGACUGCUACUUUGAGAAUGUGGGCGGCCCUUUUUCGAGUGUUGCUAUUUUGCAGAUGAAGGUAUUUGGGCGUAUUGCUGUGUGUGGAGGAAUAUCACUGUACAAUGACACCACCCCACAGACAGGUCCUUAUCCACAUCUGCAAAUGAUUUUUAAGCAGUUGAAAAUGGAAGGUUUCUUGGUGGGCAGGUGGGAACAUAAAAAUGACGAGUCACUGAAGCGAAUGCUGACCUGGAUGCAAGAGGGAAAUCUGAAGUGUAAAGAACAUGUUACUGUUGGCUUUGAAAAUAUGCCUGCUGCGUUCAUGGGGAUGUUGCGGGGAGAAAACAUUGGAAAAGCCAUUGUUAAGGUCUGAUGGCAAGUACUUCAGUGGUUUGCUUAUGAAACAACAAUCUUGCCAUUUUUGUUAUAGAUUCUGCAUUAAUAAUUGUAUAUUUUCAUGUUGUGUCCAUUAUUUUGUUUACAAAUAAAGUCUGUUUUUUGUAA